CCUGAAAUAGGUUUGUUUUCAUAAACGAUGACACGCUGACAAAUAGAAAUUUUAAGGAGAAACUCACAAGUUUAUAAUUGUUAGAAGGAGCAAAUUGUAGAUACAACAAAACUUUGAAAUGCAAUUUGGAGGCCAAUUUGUGUUUACUGGUAAACAGGAGGAUGAGGAGGUAGCAGAGGAUAUAGAGGACAUUAUUGAGGAGGUUGAUGAACAAAACAGUGGAGGAGAUUCUGAUGAACAGCAAUGUAUUUUAGAUAUACUGGACACAGCUGGUCAAGAAGAAUAUUCAGCUUUAAGGGAUCAAUAUAUAAGGACUGGAGAUGGGUUUAUGAUUGUAUACAGUAUCAAUGAUGUUCAGUCAUUCCAGGAAGCUGAAGCAAUAUAUAAUUUUCUUUUAAAAAUAAAAGAUACAGAAACAGUUCCAGCUAUUCUGUGUGGAAACAAGGUUGAUCUUGAAAGUGAACGUAAAAUCACAACAGAACAAGGGUCAGAUUUGGCUGCCAGACUGGGAAUUCCCUUCCUAGAAACAUCAGCCAAAACUGCCAUCAAUGUAGCCAAAGCCUUUGAAACAUUAGUGAAAGAAAUCCCUGGCACAGCAUCUUCAUACAAAAUAGUAAUAAAUGGUAGUGGAGGUGUUGGGAAAUCCUGUCUCACAAUACAGUUUACAUCUGGAAUCUUUAUGGAAAACUACGAUCCAACCAUUGAGGAUUCAUACCGAAAAAUGAUAACUGUAAAAGGAAAAAAGAAAGUACAGAAAAGUAAAUCCAAACUAGAACCACCACAAGCUUCAGGCGUAACUCCUAGAAAAGACCAUAAUAGAGGAAGACUGUCCUCUUUGUGGCAUACAUUGAGUGGAUCAUUUAGACGAGGAGACCGACCAGCAUCAGCCCCGGUUAGAAGACAAAGACCAGCAAGCAUGGGAGAUUUCCCUGUAUUUAGGGGUCAGAAAACAAAGUCCAAAAUGAAAGUAAAGAAAGCUGAUACAAAUGUAUUGCUGCUUUCUAUGAAAGAUCUGGAAGAUGAGUCAGACAUAGCUACAGGUGAUCCUGUGACAUGUGAAAAAUGUCAGGCCGUGUUAUCAUGUGUAUCUAAAAUCACACAAGAAGAAGACAAGACUAAAUGGAUUUGUGAGUUUUGUGGAAAAGAAAAUACCAUAUUGGGCCUAGCUAAAGAGGAAAUACCAACCAAAGAGACAUAUGAUUAUGUACUUUUUGUUCCGGAUAAAAUAGAAGAGGAGGAGGAGGCGACUGGUGAAGAAGCAAAAGCUAAACCAAAAGGACCUAGUAAAGGAUACCAGAUAUACUGUAUGGAUGUGAGUGGUUCAAUGGACCAGAGUACAGAGAUGUCCAGAGUUACAUCUGAAUGGCGAAGUCAGCGUGAUGGAACAUCAUAUGGAGCUGAGUAUAUCACCAGAUUGGCAGCCAUUAAACAAGCAUUGAACAGACAACUUGAGAGACUUGAAAUAGAUCAACCCGAUAGGAAAGUUCAGCUAAUCAAGUUUUCAUCAGAUGUUGAUAUCUUUCGACAUGAUGGAACCCAGCAUAAAUGUAAAUGUAACUUCAGUAAUUAUAACUCACUGUUAGAUGAAGGAAAGAAGUUUGCUAUGGAUAUGACAGUACCUCCGAUUUCAGAAACCUGCAGUACUUUGACGACUAAAGUUGACUCCAUGUGUACUGAAGGUUGUACUGCCCUUGGGCCUGCUUUGUCUAUUGCUAUGGGUAUUGCCAUGGGAACAACUGGAUCAGAAAUCGUUCUAUGUACUGAUGGGGCUCCUAAUCAAGGUGUUGGGGGAGGGACUGAUGGUUCAGAAUCAAAGGAACAUUUUUAUAAAAAGGUUGGAAAUAAAGCUAGAGAAAAUGGUAUUGUGAUAUCAUUAUUAGCAGUACAAGGAGAACCAGUAGAGUUACAGAAAGUAUCCAAAUGUGCUGAGAUCUCAGGUGGAACCAUUAAUGUCCUGAAUCCACUGGAAAUGAUCAGACAGUUACGCUUGAUCUCUCAAAAUUAUGUUGUAGCCACAGCUGUUUCUAUUACACUACAGCUUCAUCAAGAGUUAGAAAUUGAUGAUUCUAAAUAUCCUAAGGGCAGCAGUAGAGUUGUUAAAGAGGUUGGAAAUGCCACAAAAGACACUGACAUUAUAUUUAAAUUCAAGCUUAAAAAUCCUGGUAAAAAGUUGGAUGUAGAGAGCCUGCCAUUCCAAGCUCAGAUAAAGUUUACUUUUAAAGACGGGAAAAAGAUGUUACGGGUGAUCAGCAAAUCCAUUCAAACUACUGACAAAAGAUUAGAUAUGGAAGAGGGUAUGAACGUUGCUGUAAUGGGUGUUGCCACUGUGCAGACUACAUCUGAUAUGGCUAGUCAAGGAGAUAUUGAUCAGGCUAAGAAUAUUUUAUGUUCCAACAAUGCUCUGAUUGCAAAAGGAACACAUGGUGCUGACCAAAUGGAAGAGAGAUGUGCUUAUUUGUCAGAGAGUAAAUUAAUUCAGGAACAACUUAAAAAUCAUGAAGAUCUAAAAAAGCAAAAAGGAAGAUACAGAGAUGAAGUGAGUAAUGCCUUUUCACAGGGAAGAUCUCACAAUAUGGAAAGAUACUCAAACAGCAGAUCAAAGGGUCAAUAUGCUUCCAAGAAACAGGUCAGCGAUGAAAGGGUUAAAACCCAGUACUAUGACUAUAUGGCAUAAACAAUUAAUGUUAGUAGUAUGAAGAUCAGGUCUAUACACAAUUCUUCUACAGGCCUGAGGAAUGCUGCAGGAAACAUUAAGUUUUUUUGUAUAGUACUGUUUCAAGUGUUUUUAUUAAGAAUUCCAGCACAAUAUACAUUUUUACGUCAUUCCUGUUACAAAAAUGUAUGUAAAUAACAUCAUUAUAAUAUUAGAGGCAUAUUGAAGUAGUUUGCUUGUAUCUUAAUUUAUAUUUUUGUCACAAACCACAAAAUGAGUACCAGUAUAUAAACCUUGUUGAUGUUUUUGUAAAUAUAAAGAAGAAAAAACUUAAAAGUCGUUAAGAUUUUACCUUUAGGUAUUUGUUAGUUGUUAAUUUUUAUUGUUGAAAAUACAAUUCUGAUGUGUGUUGUUGUAUUAUUAAUCAUGUAACAAUUGAACAUAGUAAGGACCUUUCACCUCAAAAUCAAAUUACCAUUGUGUUUGUCAUAAUGGAUUGAUAUAUAGGCAUCUGGGUAUAUCAUCAUAAAAUGAUACCAUCAAUACUGUGAUAUGAUCUAACCUUUGUUUAAAAGGUCAAAUAAUAUUUUUUUACCCAAUUGCUUUAAUAGCUUGUCAGUGCCACAACAUUUGUAUCUUUCAACAGAGACAUAUGAUAUAUGUCAUGUCUAUGUAAAAUUAUCAACACAAGACCAAACUUUAACCAACUGAGUUUUGACUAUAGUCGCCGUCAGCUGAA